AUGAAGGCCGCCUUGACCUCGCUCGGGGGGCCUGGCCUCCUGCCGGCCGCCUCGCGCCGCCUCAGCCGCCGCCCCCUGGCCGUGGUGCUCGCGCCGCUGCUCCUUUUCAUGGGCUCGGAGCUCGCCUUCAAUUCCUCGCCCUUCCUCGCGCUCGCGCCCCGUAGCGACGACGACGCUUCUUCGUCCUCCUCCUCGUCACCGCCUCCGCCACCGUCGCGUCGCGACGAGCAGCGGGUGGCGGUCUGCCUGGUGGGUGGCGCCCGGCGGUUCGAGCUGACGGGCCCGUCCAUCGCGCGCCACGUCCUUGCGCCGCUCCUCGCCGCGGGCGCCACCGACGUGUUCGUGCACAGCCCGCUCGACGCCGACGCCUACAGGCUCUCCGUCCUGGCCCGCGUUGCGCCCGGGGUCGUGCUGGCCGCCGUGCGCGUGUUCCGGCCGGAGCACAUCGCCGUGACGCCGGCGCGGGCGCGCGCGCUCACCGCGCAGCACUCCCCUAUGGGCAUCCAGGGUCUGCUGCAGUACUUCCAUCUGGUGGAGGGAUGCCUGGACUUGAUCCGGGAACGCGAGUCCCGUGGCAACUUCACCUACGCCUGGGUCCUCCGGACGCGCGUCGACGGCUUCUGGUCGGCGCCGCUUGACCCUGAGGACGCCUUCCACCCGACCGCCUACGUCGUGCCCGAGGGCUCCCGGUUCGGCGGCCUCAACGACCGCCUGGGCGCCGGCGCCCGCGCGGCCUCGGAGGCCGCGCUGCCACGCCUCUCGGCGCUGCCGCACCUGGCCGCGGCCGGGUACCGGGACCUCAACUCCGAGUCCGCGUUCCGCGCGCAGCUCCGCGCGGCGGGCGUGCCAGCGCGGGAGCACCGGUUCCCGUUCUGCGUGCUCAGCGACCAGACCUACUCGUUCCCGCCGUGGACCAGGUCCGCGGUGCCCGUGGCGUCGCUGGGGAGCCGGGGGCCGCUGAGCGGGGCCAAGUGCCGGCCCUGCCGCCCAGCCUGCCGCGGCCGCGGCGGGUGCGUGGCGCGGCACGUCGCGCGCCUGCACCGCGGGUGGAGCUGGACCGAGUGGCGGAACGGCACGCUGGAGCUCUGCGAUGCCAGCGGGCAGUGGGAGAGCGGGUGGGAGGCGCUGUUUGACGAGGUCGCUGGCGCCGAGGCCGCGGCAAUGCGGCGGAGCGUGGCGCGGAUGGGCGCGGAGGAGUGCCUAGCGGAGGUCCAGGCUCUCAAGGCGCGCGCGGAGUGGUGGGACGCACCGAGCCCAGCCGAGAUCUGCCGCCUCCGGUUCGGACUUCGGACUCCGAUCGCUGGUGCUGAGUCGACCCGAGUCUUCGUCGACGGACAGUGA